GAACUUAGAUAAUGGGCUGUGUGCAAUGUAAGGAUAAAGAAGCAACAAAACUGACGGAGGAGAGGGAUGGCAGCCUGAACCAGAGCUCCGGGUACCGCUAUGGCACAGACCCCACCCCUCAGCACUACCCCAGCUUCGGCGUGACCUCCAUCCCAAACUACAACAACUUCCACGCAGCAGGGGGCCAAGGACUCACUGUCUUUGGGGGUGUGAACUCUUCGUCUCACACUGGGACCUUGAGGACAAGAGGAGGAACAGGAGUGACCUUGUUUGUAGCCCUUUAUGACUAUGAAGCACGGACAGAAGAUGACCUGAGUUUUCACAAAGGAGAAAAAUUUCAAAUAUUGAACAGCUCUGAAGGUGAUUGGUGGGAAGCCCGAUCCUUGACAACUGGAGAGACAGGCUACAUUCCCAGCAAUUAUGUGGCUCCAGUUGACUCCAUCCAGGCAGAAGAGUGGUACUUUGGAAAACUUGGCAGAAAAGAUGCUGAGCGACAGCUUUUGUCCUUUGGAAACCCAAGAGGUACCUUUCUUAUUCGAGAGAGUGAAACCACCAAAGGUGCCUAUUCACUUUCCAUCCGUGACUGGGAUGAUAUGAAAGGAGACCACGUCAAACAUUAUAAAAUUCGCAAACUUGACAAUGGUGGGUACUAUAUCACCACCCGGGCCCAGUUUGAAACACUUCAGCAGCUUGUACAGCAUUACUCAGAGAAAGCUGAUGGUUUGUGUUUUAACUUAACUGUGAUUGCAUCAAGUUGUACCCCACAAACUUCUGGAUUGGCUAAAGAUGCUUGGGAAGUUGCACGUCAGUCGUUGUUUCUGGAGAAGAAGCUGGGUCAGGGGUGUUUCGCUGAAGUGUGGCUUGGUACCUGGAAUGGAAACACAAAAGUAGCCAUAAAGACUCUGAAACCAGGCACAAUGUCCCCGGAAUCUUUCCUCGAGGAAGCACAGAUCAUGAAGAAGUUGAAACAUGACAAGUUGGUCCAGCUGUAUGCGGUGGUGUCUGAGGAACCUAUCUACAUUGUCACUGAGUAUAUGAACAAAGGAAGCUUACUGGAUUUCUUAAAAGAUGGAGAGGGAAGAGCUCUGAAAUUACCAAACCUCGUGGACAUGGCAGCACAGGUUGCUGCAGGAAUGGCUUACAUCGAGCGCAUGAAUUACAUACACAGAGACCUACGAUCAGCAAACAUCCUGGUCGGGAAUGGACUAAUAUGCAAGAUUGCUGACUUUGGAUUGGCCCGGUUGAUCGAAGACAAUGAGUACACAGCAAGACAAGGUGCAAAGUUCCCCAUUAAGUGGACAGCCCCUGAAGCGGCUCUCUAUGGGAGGUUCACAAUCAAGUCUGACGUGUGGUCUUUUGGAAUCUUACUCACAGAGCUGGUCACCAAAGGAAGAGUGCCAUACCCAGGCAUGAACAACCGGGAGGUGCUGGAGCAGGUGGAGCGUGGCUACAGGAUGCCCUGUCCACAGGACUGCCCCAUCUCUCUCCACGAGCUCAUGAUCCACUGCUGGAAAAAGGACCCCGAAGAGCGCCCCACUUUUGAGUACUUGCAGGGCUUCCUGGAAGACUACUUUACCGCCACAGAGCCCCAGUACCAACCAGGCGAAAACCUGUGAGGCCUGGGCCUGCAGAGAGGCCUGAGCAAGAGGCUUCCCCACCCCCUCCCCAUUAGCUUCCAAUUCCGUAGCCAGCUGCCCUGAGGGAGCAGCCAGAACCGUCCAGGAUCAGAUUGCAUGUGACUCUGAAGCUGACGAACUUCCACGGCCCUCAUUAAUGACACUUGUCCCCAAAUCCGAACCUCCUCUGUGAAGCAUACGAGACAGAACCUUGUUAUUUCUCAGACUUUGGAAAAUGCAUUGUAUCGAUGUUAUGUAUAAGGCCAAACCUCUCUGUUCAUUGUAAAUAGUUACUCCAGUGCCAACCACCCUAGUGCUUUCCUUUUUUUAAAAUGCAAAUCCUAUGUGAUUUUAACUCUGUCUUCACCUGAUUCAACUAAAAAAAAAAAAAGUAUUAUUUUCCAAAAGUGGCCUCUUUGUCUAAAACAAUAAAAUUUUUUUUCAUGUUUUAACAAAAAUCAAUCAGGACAGGUGUUUGGUUUUUGGUUGGGUUUUUUUUCUUUUGCUUUUUUAUACAUAUGAAUCUAUAUAUAAUAUAUACAUCCCCUGUAUAUACACCAUGUGGGUGCUAAUGUGAAGACUGUGGCCAGCCUAGGCCACCAAACUGUAGGAACCUGACUAAGGAUUUCACUGCAGAAUAAGCCUACACCGCGCUGGCAAUUCAUUCUGAAAACCAGUGGUCUCAUCUUUGGCUAUUGCCAAGCAUGAUUCUUUUUUAAAAAAUUUGGACUGCACUUUUUUUGAUUCAUGACUGUACCCACAGACGGUCCUAACUUUGACUCUUUUCAGAAUUCCCAAGCUUCAUUCACAAGCUCUGACUCCCAUGUCUGCCUCAGCUGUGAUUUGUUCUCCAAACUUAAAAGGGAGCCUCUGUAAGCAAACGGGCAACGCUCCCCUCCCAGGGAACUGGAAGAUGGCUACCACACAAGCUUCGUGUAUAAAAAUAUGAAUGCUGAAAUGUUUCCAACUUUUUUUAUUAUUUAAUAAAUGUUGUAACCACAUUUCAAUGGUCAAAAGCCCAUAGCAAUGUAGUUAAGACAACCUGCUAACCUUCCUCAUGCAACUAGAAUUUUGGGGGAAGGUGGGGGUGGGAGGGUUGUACAUUUCCCAUUGUAAAAUAAGUGUUUUAAAUGUCCUGUACUGCUAAUGAAAUGACUUUCUAUAUGUCCAAGAGCUCUCCAGUGGAAUAACUAUGCACUACUUUACAUUUCAUUGGGAUGCACAAAAAAAAAAAAGUAUUACAUUUUUAGUUGCUGUUUGUACCAACCUUGAAUUACAUGUGUUUAACAACAACGAAUCAAACAUCCUAUUUCUAUUGAGUUUUUAAUACUGAGUCACAACUCUGAAGUCUUAAUUCCAUUUUUGUUAUGAUUUACAUGUGAGUUUACAUUUUUAAAUUGUUUAACUUUCUUAAUUUAGUAAUUAAAAAAUAGAGCAUUUUACAUUUGA